CAUGACCUAGCUGGCGGCGGUGAGCGAGAGAGCGCGCGCGAAGGAUGCAGAGCUCUACCGUGUACACAAGCCUUUAAAGCGUCAUCCUCCCGUACGCCAAAUUAAUUUCUUAACUGAAACAUUUUACUCCCGUUGGGUGAGUACCUCUUCAUGGCAUUUUCCUAAGCAUAUUUUUUCUCUUAAUUUUUGCUUCUUGUCUUGGUGUUCGCACAUGGGAAAUGUUACGCGUUUUCUCAUUUUCUGCAUGCAAUGAUGGAAUCUUGGAUGCACACUAUUUGGGCUCAGGCGACUGCCAAUGGAAUAUAACUGCUUGCGGAUCUCUUCAUAUUUUUUAUUCCCUGAAACAGUUAUACGCUCGCCUCUCCAGUUCUUUCUUUCUCUCUCUUUCGUUUUUCUUUUUUUUUCUUUGUUUCUUUUUUUAAUCCCCCUCCCCAAGUCCUAUUUUGGUGUGGUUUUGUUUUUUAAGCUCGCCUUGCUGUUGUCUUCAUGUCUUUGAGAUGGGAUUUUGCUUUUCAAUAGGAGUCAGUUGGUCCAGGUACAGUAUGAUGGCCGUUAAGACUCCGACCAGCAACGUGACGAACAAGAACGACCCGCGCUCCCUCAACUCCAGAGUCUUCAUCGGCAACCUCAACACGACGGCGGUCAGCAAGGCCGACAUCGAGACCCUCUUCGCCAAGUAUGGCAGGAUCGUGGGCUGCUCCAUUCACAAGGGCUUUGCCUUCGUCCAGUACGCCAGCGAGAGGAACGCACGAUUGGCUGUGGUGGGCGAGAAUGCCAGGGUCAUCGCCGGACAGCCGCUGGACAUAAACAUGGCGGGAGAGCCCAGACCCUACAGGCCACAGGUGAUGGACACCAAGAGGCCAGUGACGUCUUUGUACAGUGGCUACGAGUUUGACUAUGACUAUUACAGGGAGGAUUUCUACAGCAGGUUAUUUGAGUACCACGGGCGCAUGGUUACGCCCCACGCUCGGGCGCUAAUACGCGCCAAGCGCUCUCGAGUUGUGGUCCCGUCCCUGCGGCCGACCAAAUCGUCCUUCCCUGUCAGGACCUCCUCCAACUCCUCUUCCUCCUCUUCCUCCGUACCUGUUCGGCUCACCUCUGGGACGUCGACUGCUGGCCCUAAGAUAAAGAUGGACCACUUGGUAACUAUCAAGCGGGAGCUGUCACAGAUCAAGACCAAGGUGGACUCUCUCCUGGGGCGUCUGGAGAGGAUUGAGAGACAACAGCAUGCCGCUCAGCGGAAACACGCGGCACCGUAUACACGUCUCCACGCUGACACGGCGGACCGUUCCGGAGCCAACGGGUCCAGGAGCAGCGCGGUGGGAGGGGUGACCGACGAAGACAGUGAGGAGGACUUUGAUGGUCAAGGCGACGGCGACGUGAUGGAAAACCACGUGUCGGACAUUGACAAUUGAGAGAGGUUGCUAAAAUUACACCUCAUUGGAGUUUCAAGAACAAACGGGCUACUGUAGCAGCUGCAUUGACGGAGAAGAACAGGACUUGAACGACAAAUCAGCGGAACGAAAAGAAAACGAGUCAAUGAGGAACAACGAGGGGACAGGCUCUCGCGGACUUCAGAGUGCUUCGUUUUUUCCAUUGAGUCGCGACACACUUGCUGGCCUGUCACUUCGGAGUUGCACCGUCAUUUCAUGCUCAACACGUAACCUGAAAGAGUUCAACCUAACGUGUUUUAUUCCGGUGAUAUGGGGUGGAAGUGGGGCCCAUUCUCAUUGUCCUCAGAACUGUUUUGGCCUCUGAGGUGUCGUUGUCUAAAACAUGAAUGGUGGUUGGAAUUGUGAGUUUAUUUAUUUAAUUUUUUCAGCUGUUGUACGGCUACCCAC